AAUAACUGACUACUGACAUAUUUAGCCGUCAUUUGUCAUUGUUUGUAAACAAACAAACCUCAUACAACCAUUACAGGAAAAAUAAAAUAAAAUCACUGAAUAUAAAUCUAAAACAAAAUGUCCAAAGCAAAAACCAGGAACAAGAGGAGCAAGUUUGCUGUUGGUGAUAAAGCAAAAGAAACAAUAGAAAACCUGACUGAAGAUAACCCGGUCUUGUUAAUGUUUAAAGAAUAUACACGAACUUUAGACGAAAAACAUGAUAGAUAUGAGAGAAUAGUGAAACUCGGUCGUGACAUAACAAUAGAGUCGAAGAGGAUAAUUUUUCUACUUCAUAGUACAAAUGCAGAUCUGGAAUCUAAGAGAAUGCAGGUAGUUGAGGAAGCAGAAAAACGAUUAAAAACUGUCAUAGAUACUAACCUUAAAGCGAUAGCUUUUGAACUCAAAGAUCAAGAUAGUUACCAGUAUCACAAAGCAUAUACUUGUGGGUUACAAGAAUUCAUUGAAGCAAGCACAUUUUGUAGCUAUGUUAAAGAAGAAUAUGUUAAGGAUUGGAACACAAUGAACAGUUUGUUACAGUAUAAAACUGAAGAAGGUGAAGAGUUUGCAUUGGUUUUUCCACAAGUGGAUUAUAUACUAGGCUUGGGUGAUUUUACUGGAGAACUUAUGAGAAGGUGUUUGAACACUUUAGGUGUUGGAAAUGUUGGAGAAUGCUUUAAAUUAUGUAACUUUGUGAGGCAUAUUAAUACAGGAUUUUUAGGUCUUAUGGCUCCAGGUUAUAAGGAAUUGUCAAGAAAAGCGUAUGUUCUAAGGCAGAGUUUGGAAAAAAUGGAAUUGGUUUGUUAUAACAUCCAAAUCAGAGGAAGUGAAAUUCCGAAGCACAUGCUUUUAAGUGUAAUUGAAUCUAGUGACCUUAAUGAGAAUGAUGAUGAGGGAUUUUACUAAGCAUGAAAGGUUAACAAGAAAGAAUAGAUUAAUAAUUUACAUUUAAUUUGUUUGAUGUUAUUUUUAAUCUUAAGAAUUUACAUUUAGUUUAUACUAAUAAAGGUUUCAUUUUUUAAAACAA